ACACACUCUCACGACGACACACGAAACGGACGCGUCGGCGACGUCGACCUCGACCACGACGACGACGACGUCGCACACACCCACAGCUACCACCGCCGCCGGAAGUCAAGGGGCAACCACAAUAAAAGCCACAAAGUGCAAGCAUAGACAGAACUAGACACGCACCAUGGCAGCUACAGCAACGCACAUUGCACCACCACCCCCACUCAAGCGCGUGACGAAGACUGGCAUCUGGGGCGAGUUGACAUGGCAGACAGAGCCAGUCCGCCAGGCGCCGCCUCCGCCCCCUCCACCGCCGCCGGUGCUCCGACAGCGCGUCGUCCCCGCCCCGCCACGGCGACCUACACGACCUCCGAUCGUGCGAACACCGAGGCUGUCGAUCAUUGAGGAGGAGGUCGUGCGCCCGCCAACACCACCGCCCCGGCCACCUCGGCUCGAGCGACGAAGGCCACCACCAGCACCGCCGGCGGUGCAGCAGCAGCAGCAGCAGCAGCAGCAGCUCCCACCGGCAACACCCCCAUCAGUACGACCAUCGCACGUCGUGGGCCACCCGCGCCCGCGGCUCGUCACGCUCAAGCGGCGCGACCGCGAGCCGCCACACCGGCCACUGCCCAAGCCUCCUGCGCUGGCCGUAGACCCCCACGCCGACGCGGAACGGUACACGCCGCCGCCGCUCGUGCACGACGACACGCCGCCACGAACGAGUUCCCCAGCAAGCUCGGACGGCAGCCCGCAGACACCGCCGACGCCGACGCUGCCCAACCUCUGGUUCCGGCCGCCGCCGCUCGACGAGCCCGAUGCGCCCCGGCCUGUUGACGAGGACGACUGGGGGCUUGGCGCGCACUUUGCCCUGUUAAAGUCAGGAUAG